CCUUAAUUCAUCGUCAAGACUCAACACCACCACCACACGCUCGUUGGACCCUCCCUCCUCCCCGCCACGCCCCUCCCCCCCGGGCGCCGGCGAACUAGAAGCUCCAACUACUACCGCUCGCCGCCGCGGCACGUGCUCCUGUCCCUGACGAUGAAGGGCUCACCGUGACAUCGCGUCCCGCCCGCACCAUGAACCCAUGGGAGAGGGCGAGGGUCGAUAACUUGCUGCCCUCGUCGACACCCUCGGCUGGCUGCGCCUAAUUCGCGCCCGUGGAGCUCGACAGCAGCAGCCGAUAUCCUGGUAGGAGUCGACAGACAGGCCCCAUGGAACGUGGGCAUCCGUCCGACCGUGUCGCUCGCAUGUCGUCUGUCCGUCUGUUCGGCUGAUGCCGACCCUCCUUCCCCCCCCCCCCCCCCCGGGAGCGAGCCCGCAACGUGCGUGCAUGGCUCGUAUGUGCGCACAACGUGGGUGUGAUCGUCCCUUUUUCUGCCUGCCUGCCUGCCUUCCCGCUGCGGUCCUGCAUCCUGCCACGGGCGGAACCCGUCGCUCCCCUGCCGCUCUUUAAAAAGACAUGGCCGCCGCCCCUCGCGUCCUGCGAGCUCUUGUGUCUCGCCCCGUCUCUUGUCCGUGAGCAAGCUUGACUCAGGAUAGAGUAGAUUAUAUCCAAUCGGCAUCCGGUAGCAGCAGCAGUAGCACUCAAGAUGCUCGCCAAGCUCAACGUCGCCGCCGCUGCCCUGGCCGGCCUGGCCUCGCUCUCCGGCGUCUCGGCGCAGACCUACCAGCGUCUGGGAACAUGUCCCACGCUGGGCUGCGUCCUGCCCCCGGACCAGAGCGACUUCCUCCCGGGCCAGCUCUUCGACCUGCGCGUCGAGGUUCACGCGCCCGUCAACGGCUCUGAGGCUGCCCACGAUGGCAAGCCCGACGAGAAGUUCAAGGUCACCAUCGCCAAGGGUGACGGCAAGCCCAAGGACUUUGCCGAGGCCUUUGGCAUCAAGGAGCCCAAGAUCGAGAAGUGGUCGUUCAAGUGGUACGAGGACCUCUUUGCCGAGGACAAGAAGACGCCCUCGGUCGUCAACGUGGCUGCCAAGGCCUACCGCAAGCUCUCCCUCGACGAGCCCGGCAAGUACACCGUCACCCUCGAGUACUACGGCGGCGAGAAGACGACCGCCGAGUGGACCGUCCGUCCCCUCCAGAAGCAGCGCAAGGCCAAGAACGUCAUCUUCUUCAUCGGCGACGGCAUGACGACCAACAUGAUCACCGCCGCCCGCCUCCUUGGUCACAAGAGCAUCAACGGCAAAUACCAGUCGCUGAUGAAGAUGGACGAGUUCCCCGUCCUGGGCCACCAGAUGACGCACUCGAUUGACAGCUACAUCACCGACUCGGCCAACUCGGCCUCUGCCCUGUACUCGGGUCACAAGAGUACCGUCAAUGCCAUGGGUGUUCACGCCGACUCUUCCCCGGACCCGUUUGACGACCCCAAGGUCGAGACCAUUGUCGAGAUUUUCCGCCGCAUCCACCGCGGUGCCUGGGGCGCCGUCUCGACCGCCUUCAUGGCCGAUGCCACCCCCAUUGCCUUGACCGGCCACACUCGCCGCCGCGCAGAGUACGGCCCUCUGAUCGACCAGGCCCUCAACGGCAUGACCAACUACAGCUGGACCAAGCAGGACGGCCCCGACGUCUUCUUCGGCGGCGGUGCCGAGCAGUUCCUCCCCGGCAAGGGCUCCUACCAGGGCAAGGACUACUACGCCGAGUUCGCUAAGAAGGGAUACACCAUCUCCCUCAACAAGACGUCGCUCCUCAAGGCCGACAACAGCAAGCGCGCACUGGGCAUGUUCUGCCAGAGCAACCUCCCCGUCUGGCUGGACCGCAACGUCUACACGGACAACCUCAAGAGCUUCAAGAACGACCCCAAGGGCGGAAAGGAGCCCGCUCUCGACCUCCCUGGCCUUAAGGACAUGACCCUCAAGGCCGUUGACAUCCUCCACAAGCGUGGCGGCGACAAGGGCUUCUUCCUCAUGUCCGAGGCUGCCUCGGUCGACAAGCAGAUGCACGCGCUUGACUACGACCGCGCCCUCGGCGAUCUGCUCGAGCUUGACGAUACCGUCCGCGCCACCAUCGAGAAGCUCAAGGAGCUCAAGGCUCUCGACGACACGCUCAUCAUCGUGACGGCGGAUCACGGCCACGGUUUCGACGUCUACGGCUCUGCCGACACCGAGUACCUCGCCAAGCAAGACGACCAGCGCGCCAAGCGCAACGCCAUCGGCGUGUACGAAAAGUCGGGUCUCUCGCAGUACACGUCCAAGGCCAAGGGCAUCGAGUACGGUACGGGCGUCAACUUCCCCACCAACUGGGAGCCGCGCUACGCCAUCGCGGGCGGCGUGGCCGCGGCCCCGGACCGUCGCGAAGACUACAAGGUGCACAAGUCGGGCCCACGCGAGCCCGCCGUCAAGGCCGCCGGCGGCAGCGGCGAGUACGUGGUCAACCCGGUCGACGCGCCCCACGGCAUCGUCAUCAACGGCACCCUGCCCACGUCGGAGGCGCAGGGCGUCCACUCCCUCACCGACGUGCCCGUCUACGCCCUGGGACCCUGCCAGGAUACCUUCAGCGGCACGUUUAGCAACGUGGAUGUCUUUUACAAGAUUGCGAGCUGCUUGGGGCUGGCGCGCGAGCACGAGGGCGAUUGCAAGGAGAAGCCCAAGCCCACUAAGAGUGCGUAAAAGAUAUCGAAGAGGCGGCGGCGGCGGCGGCGUUGGAUGUGUGGUGUGGUGAGUGGUGUCUAAAAUGGGGGGCGUGUGAGGGAGGGGGGGUGGUGGUUUUUCUGUUACUGCACAUAUUUAAUGUUGGAGCGAUGGGAUUCGGUCGCUCGGUGGAAAGGUGUAGCAGUAGAGAUGACGAUGAUGAUGACGAUGAUGAGACGAGGUGAUGGGAUGCUGUAGAGAACAAAAUCAGAGGCCUGGUACAUACACGCACGCACACCUGCACGAACACACACACGCAGAAGUAGAAAUAGUCCUGACGUCCAUGGAGAGAAAACAGGGAUACGGGGGUUGAGAGAUAGAGCAAGAGAGGAAG